CCCACUUCGAAGAGUUUUGUCAGAGGAUUCGAGGGGCUUGAAAGCUCUCAUGGCCGCUCUCGGUGAUCCCAGUCGACGGCGGGCGCCGCUGGCGUUAGAAACCCUGCUCUUGCUCCUCGUAGCCGCCGUAGCCGUCAUCGGCUUGUGCGCGACGGCGGCCGUGAGAAAGAAGAGAAACCGUAGUGAUAAGCAAACCGGGGAGGUGCUUCUGUCGACUUGGAAAGCUCUCAAGAAGGCUCUGGUAAUGUCGCUGCAUGGGGGGGAAGGGGAGGAUGUGGUGGAAUCAGAGGACAGCCGGGUGGAGCCAGAAGCAGAGGAAAGGGGCACGCCAGUGUUGCCACUGUGGAAGAGGAGGAUACUGAUGGGGGAGAGAUGUGAGCUGCCGCAGUUCAGUGGUCUCAUUCUCUACGACGAGGGCGGGCGUCCAAUCUGCAGCAACUCCAGCCAUGGCACUCUUUUUGAGGUGAGCGAUAACUCCUUAAGCUUGACUGAUCACCAUGAGUGGACGAUCAGAUCAUCCAACUCUCAUACAUUUGCUGGUUAUUCUGCAGAUCAAACCAACACCGGCUGUGACCACCCUCAAGGAUUUACUUUAAUUGCUGUGUGGUUUACAGAAUUUCUUGAGCUGUAG